CCUCCUCUUACUUCUUUUUCUCCUUCUACUUCUCCUCUUCUUUCUUCUCCUCUUUUUCUUCUUCUUCCUCCUCCCUCUCCUCCCCCAUCCCCCUGCCCCAUUGAUGUGUUAUUAUUGGGGGGGCUGGAGCAGUAAAAAAAGAAGGAGGAAAAAAAGAGCGGGGCUCGGCCAGGAGAGCUUGAGCGCGAGGCUGACCGGCGGCGGCAGUGGCCGCGAUGGAAGAACUUACGGCGUUCGUCUCCAAGUCUUUUGACCAGAAAGUGAAGGAGAAGAAGGAGGCCAUCACGUACCGGGAGGUGUUGGAGAGCGGGCCGCUGCGCGGGGCCAAAGAGCCCGGCUGCGUCGAUCCGGGCCGCGACGACCGCAGCAGCCCGGCAGUCCGGGCGGCCGGCGGAGGCGGCGGCGCGGGAGGAGGCGGAGGCGGAGGCGGAGGAGGCGGAGGAGGUGCUGGAGGAGGAGGAGCAGGCGGAGGAGCUGGAGGAGGGCGCUCUCCCGUCCGGGAGCUGGACAUGGGAGCCGCGGAGCGGAGCAGGGAGCCCGGCAGUCCGCGGCUGACGGAGGUGUCCCCUGAACUGAAGGAUCGCAAAGAGGAUGCGAAAGGGAUGGAGGACGAAGGCCAGACCAAAAUCAAGCAGAGGCGAAGUCGGACCAAUUUUACCCUGGAACAACUCAACGAGCUGGAGAGGCUUUUCGAUGAGACCCACUAUCCAGACGCUUUCAUGCGCGAGGAAUUGAGCCAGCGACUGGGGCUCUCUGAGGCCCGAGUACAGGUUUGGUUUCAAAAUCGAAGAGCUAAGUGUAGAAAACAGGAAAAUCAACUUCACAAAGGUGUCCUUAUAGGGGCUGCUAGCCAGUUUGAAGCUUGUAGAGUUGCACCCUAUGUCAACGUAGGUGCUUUAAGGAUGCCAUUUCAGCAGGAUAGUCAUUGCAACGUGACGCCCUUGUCCUUUCAGGUUCAGGCGCAGCUGCAGCUGGACAGCGCCGUGGCGCACGCGCACCACCACCUGCAUCCGCACCUGGCCGCGCACGCGCCUUACAUGAUGUUCCCGGCACCGCCCUUCGGACUGCCGCUGGCCACGCUGGCCGCGGACUCGGCCUCCGCCGCCUCGGUGGUGGCCGCCGCCGCCGCCGCCAAGACCACCAGCAAGAACUCCAGCAUCGCGGAUCUCAGACUGAAAGCUAAAAAGCACGCGGCCGCCCUGGGUCUGUGACACUGGCGCCAGCGCCACGGUCGGUGGAGCCUUCUAAGCGGCGCGAUCCUGCACGCCCUCCGCGACCGACCGGCUGCUUCUCCCGCACCCGCUUCCAACCGUCACCCAGGCUUGUCCCUUCCCCGCUGACUGCCGCCUUUUCUUUCUGCACCCUGGAUCCCCAGGGCGGGACUCUGCGCUGGACCCGGGAUCCCACGAGGGCCACCAGCCCAGGGGCUCCUGCCCACCCGCCCUUGGGACUAAAUUUCGGCUUUGUAGGAGCGGGUUUGGGGAAGUCUGGAUAGAGACUGGACAAAGGAGUGUGUCCACAGUGAGAAGUGGAUAGCGCCACAGCUGCGGCGAUGGACUCGUUCAUAGGAAUAAAAUCUUGCUAACAGCAAAUGA